CCCAAGUCCUUCUCUCCAAUCCCCUUUUUAUAAAUCUCCCACCAUCAUCUUUCUCUACCAAUAAUCCUCCCCUUCAUCUCUCCCUUUGACCCAUAAAAAUCACAACUCUUAAACCCCAUCUCCUUCUAUUUCUUCCACCCCUUUUCCUCCAAAAAUAGGACAAUAUAAACCCACAAUUUAAAUACACCCCUCAAAAAAUGGAAAUAGAAAAGCAGCUCGUACAACAAAGCGGCGAUGACGGCGGCGAGAAAUGGGAAGGCUACGUCGAUUGGAAAGGCCAGCCAGCUCGCCGUGGCCGCCACGGCGGGUUUUUAUCCGCCUCCUUUGUUCUUGUGGUGGAAGUGAUGGAGAACAUGGCUUUCUUGGCAAAUGCAAGCAAUUUAGUGAUGUAUGUAUCCAAUUUCAUGGGCACGGCUUUCCUACUUGCUUUGGUGGGUGGUUUUCUUUCGGAUGCCUUUUUCACUACUUAUCAAGUCUAUCUUACUAGUGCUGCCAUUGAAUUUUUGGGAUUAAUUGUGUUAACCGUCCAAGCUUACAAGCCCUCCCUACAACCACCACAAUGCAACCCAACGGACCACAAUACAACAACAUGCCGGGAACCUAACACCGCCGAAGCUGCAAUGCUCUACAUAGGACUCUACCUUGUGGCCGCCGGUGUUGGAGGGAUAAAAGGGUCAUUACCAACUCAUGGCGCGGAACAAUUUGAUGAGAGCACUCAAGAAGGAAGGAUAAAGAGAUCAACUUUCUUCAACUACUUUGUGUUCUGUUUAUCAGCUGGUGGCCUCAUUGCUACAACGUUCGUGGUGUGGGUCGAGGACAACAAGGGAUGGAAAUGGGGGUUCUUAAUCUCCACCAUAUCUAUAUUGUUAUCAGUUCCUGUCUUCCUUGGGGGCUCGCCCUUUUACCGUAACAGGAUCCCUUCUGGAAGCCCUUUAACUACCAUAUCAAAGGUGUUACUAGCUGCUGCAGUAAACAGCUGCACGAGCAAAAACACCAGCAACGCGGUGGCAAACAUGGCGGCGAGCCCACAAAGUUAUUCGAUACAAACACCAAAGGAGGAAGGGGAGGACGAACCAAUAAAGGGACAAGAGAGAAUUCAGAUUCCUUUGGAAACUUUAACAGGUAGCUUUAAACCCUUGAACAAUGCAGUGAACUCUAACCCAAUAUCUCCAUCCCUACAAUGCACCAUAAAAGAGGUAGAAGAAGUAAAAAUAGUCCUAAAAAUCUUCCCAAUAUUUGCAAGUACAAUACUCCUCAACUGUUGUCUAGCCCAACUCUCCACCUUCUCGGUUGAACAAGCCGCAUCAAUGGACACCAACCUCGGCUCCUUAAAAGUCCCCCCGGCCUCACUUCCCGUCUUUCCAAUCGUCAUUAUCAUGGUCCUUGCUCCAAUCUAUGAUCACAUCAUCAUCCCCUUUGCGCGUAACAUCACCAAAAGAGAGACCGGAGUUUCCCACCUCCAAAGGAUAGGUGCCGGAUUAGUCCUUUCGGUUGUAGCCAUGGCCGUGGCAGCCUUAGUUGAAGUCAAAAGAAAACAAGUCGCAAUUCAUCAAGGGAUGGUUGAUUCCACUUCACCAUUACCAGUAACUUUCUUCUGGAUUGCUAUUCAGUAUGCGUUACUUGGUUCAGCAGAUCUGUUCUGCUUAGCAGGGAUGUUAGAGUUCUUUUUCACAGAAGCUCCAUCAAGUAUGAGGUCUCUUGCAACUUCCCUCUCAUGGGCGUCUUUAGCUAUUGGAUAUUACUUAAGCUCGGUUAUUGUUUCGAUUGUUAAUGCGGCUACUAGAAGAGGACAUGAUGAUCACAGCAAGGCUUGGUUGUCAGGGAAGAAUUUGAACCGUUAUCAUCUUGAGAGGUUUUACUGGUUGUUAUGUGUUUUGGGUGCUGUUAAUUUCUUAAAUUACCUGUUUUGGGCAUGUAGGUAUAAAUACAGAUCAACUGGAUCAAUAAGGUGAUUUUGAAACUUUUUUUUUUUCUUUUUUAAGGGAAGAAUCAACGAACUAAAGUUUCUUAAUACA